AAUCCGAAUGAUACGGAGCCAAGAAGGAACAUGGAGGUGAACACUAGCGAGAAGAUUUACCCUUCCGUUGAUGGCACCGCCAAAACGUUCAACUCUUGUGCCGGGCAUCACCAAUUACGCAUGAAUGACAAGAAAACGAUUCAGCUCCCAAGUGUUUUAGGUGUAAGCUGUAGUUCGCCACAAAUCUUCUUGCAGUACAAAUACUCCAACGUGUCCAAAUCAAGCAUGAACGUUAUCAAGACAGUCAAGGCGCAGUGGCGAAAUCAAGAAAAGAAGAAAGUUGUCAUAUCCUCCAGCACUGGCAAUCGGCAGUCGUCAUCUGAUCCAUUCUACAUUAAGUCCGUUGAUCCAGAAGCAUUGGUACAGCAUGACCAAACAUCCUCUACUCCACCGCAAGAAAUGCCCCAUACCAAGCCAAAGAACUGUCGACGAGUUGUGGUGCUAGGCGCACCAAAAGUAGGCAAAACAAAUAUUGUACAGCGUUUCUUGCACAACGAAUUUGAAGAGAAAUACCAGCCAACAACUGAAGAUUUCCACAGGAAGCUAUACCAAAUUCGAGGGGAAACCUAUCAGAUUGACAUACUGGACGCAGCAAUGGAGAGAGAGUUUCCAGCCAAAAGAAGGCUAUCCAUACUGACAGGCGAUAUAUUUCUCCUUGUCUUUAGUGUGGAUGACAAAGAGUCGUUCAAGGAGGCCUGUGCACUGCGUCAAGAGAUCAUAGAUGCUAAAACUAAGCUCGUGAAGUUGAAAGAUAUUGCCAAAACGCAAAUUGUAAUAUGCGGCAACAAAGUGGACUUAGAAAGAGAAAGGGUUGUCCACCGGUCCGAAAUAUGCAACGCCUUCCUUGAGGAGGCUGCCGUUUUCGAGGCUUCAGCUAAAGAUGGCACGGGACUGGAAGAGAUGUUCGGAGCCCUUGCAAAGUUAGGUGGACUACCCACCGAGACCCGUCCGUCACAGCACCAAACAAUAUCCAUCGGUACAUAUCAGGAGUUGAGCACUAGCCGACGAGACAGAAGAGGGAGCCGUGUGCGCGACUUCGACAGACCUUGUGGCGCGGUAUAUUUGGCUACUCGCCCCAGUUACAGUUGUGAUCUGCAGAAUGUUCUUGGGCAAAGCUCAACGAAACGGAGCAAAGCUAUGGAGAAGUGUCAUAUUCAAUGAAUAAUGAGAUUUCUCAGUAAACAUAUUGUAGUAAUACAAUACAUAUUAUGUAUGGAGUUAUACUCUAUGGCAUCUGGCUGGACCAGAGCAAUUUUAUUGUAAAUAUUGUAUUUAAAAUCAAUUAAGUAACUAUUAUUAUUGCUUUCUUCAGUGUGUAUUCUUUGUCUCCUCACUUUGUGGAAUAGGCAUUUGCUUAUUGGUUCAACAAACACGGUGACUAAACAGAUUACUAAAAUCAUUUAUGGCCAGGAUAAUGUGUGGGUGGUAUGUGCUGGCGCUUUCAACAAACUGAUGUUGGAACAAAUCUGUAAAGAUAGCCUUCAGCUCCAGACUGCCGUCAUAUGCUUGAAGAAGACGGAUUGUUCACAUCGCGGGGGAAAUUGAAGGAGUUAAGAUUUGCAUAUGUUAAUUCCUAUAAGUAGAUUCAGUUUUACAUGACCUAUUUCUAUCUUAUAAUAUCCAUUGUUAUUUUAAUUUUCAAUUAACAAUAUACCGACUAACAUUGACUCGUUUGCAGUCUUGUAUGUGUAUUGCCUUGUCACCAUGUCUUCCCCAUGUCCUGUGCUAAGACCAGGACGGAAGCUGUCAGGGUCAUGAAUGAUAAGCUGUACAUACACGACAUGAUAUACAAGGACUGCGCUAUUGUAUUUAGCAGUUAGAUCUUUCUGUAUACCAGAUUUGGUGUCUUAUCAGUUUUACAAUAAAAAUGAGCUCUCAGAGACUU